AAAGCGAGCGGCGCCUCCCCCAUCCCCAUCCCUGUCCCCGAGGAGGCGCGAGCCCCGCGGCCGCCGUGCUCAUGGCCGACGACGUCCCCAGCGGAGCCCGCGCGCUCGAGUGCAACGGGACCGCCAGCACCGUCAUCAGCAUCAUCGACCAAAUGGCGAUCCCCGCCGGGCCGGGCGCACGCGCCGACAGCGUGGCCGGCCCCGCGCCCGGCAAACCAGCGCAGGAGAGAUGCGGAAGCGCCGCGGCCGAGACCACAACGUGCAGCAACUCAGGAAACCAAGAAGAAAACGAUGCGACUCAAGCAGAGGGAGCAGCCGGGCUCCCUCCCCAGGACACGGCCGCCGCCGGGCAGCAAUCCAAGGAAGGGCUGGGCCCAGCGGGAGCUCCCGUGGGCGGCACGGAGCAGCCAGAGCCCAGGAGCACGGAGCCGGCCGGGGCGGGCUCGGAGCAGAGCCCGGCAGCAGGAGCCUCCACGCUGGAGGCCGAGGAGCACCUGGGGGAUGAAGUGUGGCCGGACGAGGAGGAGGAGGAGCAGGAGGAGGAGGACACUGAGGAGGAUGAAGUCCAGUUGAUAGAGAUCAAGAAGGAGAACAGUGAGGAGUCUCGCAUGCAGAAGCAGGAAAAUGGCAAGGAGGCUUCUCCCCCGGGCAGCCCCACCUGCAACUCCCAGCCCGAGAAGCCCGGGGAGCCACCGGGUGCCGGGAAGAAAAAUGACAUCUCUAGACACAGCUAUUCCCGAUACAACACAAUCUCCUACCGGAAGAUCAGGAAAGGAAACACCAAGCAGCGAAUCGAUGAGUUUGAAUCUAUGAUGCACCUAUAGACUGAGCUCAGAGUUUCCUGAACAAGCUAAAAGUUCACCUUGGUUUUGGUCCUCCUCCCGACAUCUCUUCCCACAACACGCAGCUGCCGCUGCACCUUCCGAGCCUGAUUUCAUAACACAGCGUGCAAAUUUAACUGCCGCCUUCCACCCUGGUGCCAGGUAAACCCACACCCUGGCACAGGAAAUAAAUAACGAGUUUGCUAUGUUUAAUGCCAUUGAUUCCCGUUGAUGCUUCCGUCCCCGCCGGCGCUUGCA